AUGAUUCCUUCUUCAAGUCGGACUCUCACCACGUCCUCCGCUCUUCACUGACAGCGCCAACCGUUCCGCUCGCUUAAAAUGUCUGAAACAAAGAUCAUCACCCUCGACGAGCUCAAGGAGCACACGAAGAAGGACAACUUGUACGUCCUUCUUCAUGGAAAAGUCUAUUCUGUGUCAAAAUUCAUUGACGAGCACCCCGGAGGUGACGAGGUGAUUCUGGCCGAAGCGGGCAAGGAUGCAACGGAGGCGUUCGAGGACGUCGGUCACUCUGAUGAGGCGCGCGAGAUUCUCCAGACUCUGUACAUUGGCGACUUUGAGAAGGGAGCGGCACUUCCGACCAAAACCGAGAGGACUUCCACUGCUGCACCAGCUGCUCAGGCUGCAUCCAGUGUCAGCUACUUCCUCCCACUCGCUGCCCUCGCUGCCUACUUCGCGUGGCGCUUCUACUCCUCUUAAUUGCAUAUAGAUAUAUUCGUGCUUUGCUUUCGAACCCUUCACACUGGAUAAACCCGUUAUACAUCUCCCACCACCCAUUUUCGCUCCGUUAAUAUCACACCAUUUUUUUUCCCUGCGAUUUCGUUCAUCUAUCUCAUUAGUGUCGUCUUGUCUGUAAGCGUGUGUGAUAAGGGUUUGGUCAUCGGCCUGGUGGAAGGCUUCUUCGAC